AUGGCAACUACCACUACAUUAGAUAAUAACACAAAUACUUCCAUAUUUGCACAACCAGCAACUGCGCCAUUUCAGAUUCCUCCAGCACCUUCUCCAAACUUACUAUUCGCCUCAUUACGACAUUGGUUUUCGCAUAAUGAAAAAACGUUGGAAAUGGCAGAGGCUCGUCUCUUGUCAAGGCUUCAGUUUUUCUCAAUAGAAGGACGCACCGUUGCAUCGCCUGAACAAUCAAAGACAAUUGCUCGUGUAGGUCAAGUUGAUUUAGAUGGUGAUGGUAAACGUAAAAUUAAUACGCUUGUUAUCGAUCAGAUGGGCAAUGAUUUUGUCAUUGAAAAUGGUUCUUUGGGUGCCAAACUCGCCAAAGAUAAUGACAGUUCCAGUUGCUCGUCAUCAAAGUCUGAAAUCGUGGAUGAAGCUCUUGGAUUCACUAGUGUGCCACAAACCGAUUUGGAGGUUAAAUCACACACCGCUACUAUAAGUGAAGACAAUCAAUCCUCGAAAAAUCUUAAACAUCUUGUAAUAUGUCAUGGAUUUGGUGCCGGACUAGGAUUCUUUUAUAGAAAUUAUCAUGGGCUUAGUCAAGUACCUGGAUGGAGAAUUUAUAGUAUCGAUUGGUUGGGAAUGGGCCGAAGUUCUCGACCGAAAUUCAAUAUCAUUGCUGAUUCAUUGGAAGAAUCUGUUGAACAGGCGGAAAACUUUUUCGUUGACUCGUUGGAGAAAUGGCGAGAGAUUCAUAAAAUUGAAAAAAUGACAUUACUAGGUCAUAGUCUUGGCGGAUAUUUGGCGGCUGUCUACGCGUUGAAAUAUCCGGAACGUGUCGAACGUUUAAUUCUGGUGUCGCCUGUCGGAAUUCCGGUAAAUCCUCACGAGGGUAACAAGAAUUCGGAAAUGAAAGCUGCCAACGGUCGUCGGAUUCCUGGUUGGAUCGUGAGAUUAUGGAAUGCUAAUAUAACGCCUCAGUUGGUUCUCCGAUGGACGGGUCCAUUUGGACCAUCACUUGUUUCACGUUACACAUCACGAAGAUUCGCGUACCUAGAGGAGCAAGAUCGUAUUGACUUGCAUGAUUAUAUUUAUCAUAUUUCUUUAGCACCCGGGAGUGGCGAAUUUGCACUCUCAAAAAUCUUGGCACCUGAUGGAGACAUUGACUGGAUGGAUUAUCGCGCCGCAGAAGAAGCAGCAACCACUAUGAGCGUGCCAACAAAAGUAAUACGGAUUCCAAGGGCUGGACAUCAUCUUUAUUUAGACAAUCCUCCACAACAAAGACAGCUGCAAACAAUUUCUUACUCGCCGUACAAUGUGCAAAAUUUGAAUCAGACAAAUGAUCAACCACAAGUAUCUCUGCCUCCCCUUCUACCCCUAAAUCCUAACAAUAAUACUAACUUCGUGAAAAAUACAAAGGUGGAUCAACUUGCUCAGAAUUUUUACAUUAAAGUAGCGCAAAUCCUGACCCAGUCACGUCUCAUACAAUAUGACAGUUUUACGAGUGUCGCUAAAGGAGCCUCAAAUACAUCAACACAGUCUCCUUCGCGGUCGGCCACCACACAAAUUCCAAAGAAAGUCAAUAAAUGGUUUAACUUAGAAUUGGAGGAUUCAAGUAUUUAUAAGGAGGAUAUAAAGUUCUGGCAACAAGCAGUUACCACAUCGGCGACACCACAAUCGAUGGUAAUAGAGUUCUUUCUCGAUACUCGAGAAUUGGCUCCAAAUCAAAUUCUUAUUUUGACUGAUGAGAAUCUUCGUCGGCAUAAAGUCGAUCUACAAAAUCUCUCAAGAUUAAAUAAAAAUAGCAAGGCAACAAAAUUAACAACGAACAUUAUGUUGGAAAGUUGGCAAUUGACAUUAAGCCAUUCAACGCUUGAGUUUCCUCCUGAACCUCCUAUUGCAUACAAGAAAUCGAUUGCAUUCUUCCGGUCGCUCUAUGCCUUUGUUCGUCUUCUACCCGCUUAUCGACUGUUCAAAAGACUCAGAAGAAUGAAAUUAAAAAUUGGUCAUCGGUUUAUAUUGCCGACAGGAAAUAUAAAUCCUGACAUUGGCUUAGAUGUUCCAAUAAUAAACGGGGAGACUACAAACACCGCUCCAAAGCAUACAUUUGAUCCUAUUGACACACCUAUCGGGACAUUUACUUUGAGUGUCACAUUUCGAUCAAAUUGUGAUUUUCAUAUCGAUGAUGAUUCUGAAGCAAUUCUAAGUUCGAGAUUUAUUGAUAUGGAUGAAAAUUAUUUUACACCGACAAUGGCUCGAUAUUACCAAGAAGAGGAACAACGACAAAGACAGCUGGAAAGGGAAGGGUCAGACGCGAGAAGAAAAGGAUUUCCAUCGAAUAAUUAUCAACAACAUCAACAGAUGGGAACUUCUCCAAAUGUUCGAUCAAACUCAACGUCGCCCCAUACUGUCAAUAAUAACAAUAACAACCAGUUAUUAUAUGGAACUCCUCCAAUGCGUUCGCGUGUACCUUCCAUAUCACAGAACGAAAAUGAUUUAUCAAAUCAAGUUGCUAUUUUCCCAAGAUCAUCUUCCUCUUCCUCCUCUUCCAUAUCAAGUGUUCAUAGACGUUAUCCAAGUGGUGGUGGUGCAUCCAAUAUCUCUAAUCUCUCAAAUCCAUCCUUAAAUGUAAGAAUGUUUGAUCAUGAGCGUAAUCUAAAUAUGUUAUCGAUGAGUCAAAUGUCAUCUCGUAGUAUGCGAGAUGCCUUGCCACUUCCCUCCUCUCCUGUGAUGAGCAACCGUCCAAACGUCACUCUAGUUACACCUUUCAAAUCUCCUUCAUUAUCCUCAUCUCCUACGUAUCUUCUCACUGAUAAUUAUCCAUCAUCUGUAUAUUCCGAUCGUGCAUCUUCAUCACCUAUUCAUCGAUCACCAUCAUCUAUUUCACUUCAACGGUAUGCUUAUGCUUCUUCUCCAACCUCAGCAAGAUCAUUGCCUAUCGGAAGUGGAAACAAUUUAUCAUCAUCAGUUAAAUCAAAUUUUUCGAGUGGUAGUCCAGGUAACUUCCCGAAAAAGUUUUCAACCAGUUUCGGUUAUCGAAACGAAAAACCAGGCGUCGUUAGUAAUAAUUCAGUUGGUCGUGAAAAAGAUUGGAAUGUUGGAGGACGACGGACUUCCAAAGGCAGUUUAUUGACAAAUCGAAGCGAUGAUACUGCAAGUGAUCGAGGCUCGUAUAAUUCUUCAUUUUUCGCUUUUACCGAUGACGUUGGUGAAUUUGUAAGAAUGCUAGAUACUCGGGAGCCAUUAAAGCUAUAUGGAAGAAGUCCCGCCAAAUCAGAUGACUCUGGGAGUCCUAAUCAAAAAAAUGCUGGCUCUGUAUAUAAAUCUAAGUUGGCGUUGACGAAAUACCAACAGCUUAAGGAUUUCAAUAUACUUGCGGAACCACUAGCAAAUAGUCAUCAAAACCUUGGACCUCCUAAUAUAAACGGCGAUCUUCUCGGAGGGUUUCUUGCAUCUUCUGUUUCUUCAAUGACAUCAUCAGUUGCGCAUCAACAGAAUGCCACAUCCAGAGUUCAUGAAAAAGUUAAAAAUGGAGAUUUAGUUGAACCUCAAGGACCAAAACCAAUGACAAUACCUCAGAGAGGCAUGUCAUCUGUAUCUCAUGCAAAUUACCGAACUAGAAGGAGUAGCAGUUUAACAUCUGUUGGAAGUGGAAGUCGUAUUCCGGCAGAAAUACUUAUGCAACCUGAUGGUGCAUAUUCUUCGUAUCCGGAAGAUAUCGGCGAGCUCCGUAGACCAGGCUCAAGUUCAUCUUUGCACAGACAUUAUCAUCAUCAACAACAACAGCGCUUAAUUCGAGAGGAUUUAAGUUCCGGAUCCACAGAAUUAAUACUGAAACGGGAUGGCAGUAGUGAUGAAAUGGCGGGUAUUGGUGGUGUUCAAGGAAGUGGUAGCACUGGAAGUUUGAAUAUUAAUGCGACAAUGGCUAUUAGUGGUCGUGGUGCUUUAAUAGAGAACAAUAAUCGAAGAGAUUCAGGAGGGUCAAUCGGAUCUGGAGGUUUGCAUCGAUUAAGUAGGAAGGUUGAUGACGAUGAACUACUUUUUGCUAUGAGCGAAAUAACCACCGAUGAUCGAAGUAGCAGUGGAGUAGGGAGAGGUCAUAGUCCUAGUCCCAGCAUAGGGUCUGCGGCUAGUGGUAGUGUAGAAGGUCGUAGUAAUCGAAAUGGUGGCGGUAGUAUUGGUUUGGGCCUAGGCGUAAUGGGAAUUGAAGCACCUUCCGCUGUUGAUGGUCUCAAAAGGGAACAACAGCGACGGCAAGAAGAGGGCAAGAAUCAACAAAUAUUAUAA